AUAUAUCCUCAAAUCUUCGUCUCUCACAACCCUUCGACGAAACCCUAACUUUAUCACGUUCCUUCAUUAUUUCUCAGAUCCUUCUUCUUCCUCCGUCUCGUUGAAGCUAAAAACUCUCAACACAUAAACAUGUCUGCAGCUCUCGAUAUGACCCUCGAAGACAUCAUCAAGAACAACAAAAAAUCUGGAUCCGGAAACCCUAGAGGUCGCUCCAGACCCGGACCCGGACCUGCUCGCCGUUUACCUAACCGUGUCUCCAACCACGCCGCACCUUACUCCGCCGCUAAGGCUCCGGAGACGACGUGGCAGCAUGAUUUGUAUGCAGAUCAACCCGUGGCUGCGGCAGCUUACUCUGCUCAAGGUGGUCGUGCGCCUUCGAUAGAAACUGGAACCAAGCUCUAUAUUUCUAAUUUGGAUUACGCUGUUUCCAACGAUGAUAUUAAGGAAUUGUUUUCUGAAGUUGGUGACUUGAAACGGCACGGCGUUCAUUAUGACAGGAGUGGUAGAUCGAAGGGUACAGCAGAAGUAGUUUUCUCACGACGACAAGAUGCGGUUGCUGCUGUAAAGAGAUACAACAAUGUUCAACUAGAUGGGAAACCAAUGAAGAUAGAGAUUGUUGGAACCAACAUUUCUACACCUGGUGUGGCUCCUGCUGUAAAUGGAGCUAUUGGAAAUUUUAAUGGAAUUCCUCAAAGUGGACAAGGACGAGGCGGGGCAUUACGAGGGCCUGGAGGUAGAGGUCAAGGCAUUCGAAGGAAUCAAGGACGUGGAAGAGGUAGCGGAGGAGGUCGUGGUGGUGGUCGUGGUGGUGGCCGUGGUGGUGGUCGAGACCAAAAGGUAUCUGCAGAAGAUCUUGAUGCUGAGCUGGAGAGGUAUCAUGCAGAGGCCAUGCAAAUAAACUGAAGGAGUUAUCUUGUUUUGUUUUCUUGCUUUUACAUCUAUGGUUAUUAGGAGGCAUUGUGAUGGAUGGCCACAUGUUUAUGUAUUUGGAGCCCUAUGUUUUAGGGAGGGGGAUAAAUUACUUGAGUGAAAACUGUUGCUUGAUUGUAUGGAGUAUGGGCUUCUGUUAUCUAAAAUAUUCAUAUUCCUUGGGCAUGAACUAUGAGUUAUGAAACAGAAGUCUGCUUGUAAUAUGCACUCUAGGUUGCUUUCAUUGACUUUAAUUAUGUUUAUCAACAAGUAAGGAAGUGAGAGGUGUGAACCAUGAUCUCGUCUUUCAAUGCACAGAAAUCUCUGGCUUCAAAAUGUGGGAUGCUGUCUUGCUGCAGAUUUUACCCACCGCUGCCUUGUUUUGGCUAAACCCUUACUGUGGAAUCCUGAAUCCUCAAUAAGGUAGAUUCCCUGUCUCUGCUCCCAGAACCCUACCCCAGAAGAAGUAAUGUUAUAUAUCUUGUUAUUUAAUUUUAACUUACUCUGUGCUUGUUUGAUAUAUAAUCUUAUGGUAAAGUCUGUAAUCUUGAGAUGUUCAUACAAUGAUAUAGUGGAGAACAUCUUUUUCCUGA